AUGUCCGACCGGAGGUCGCUGCGGGUGCGGGCGGAGGGCGAGGAGAGCCAAGACAAGGCGCCGGAGGCCACGCCGACCAAGGACGAGGCGAAGAGCGUGGAGGCGGCGAAGAUCAAGAAGGGCCAGAACACGGCCAUCUGGACCGGCGCCGUGUCCAUCGGGUUCGGCGUGCUGUACCUCGUCCUCGUGCUGCUGCUCGACACCCGCGGCAGCGUGCUCGAGCCCCCGCCGCCGGAGGCCCUGGGCCUGUAG